AUGGCUGGUCCCAGCACCUACGGGCUGAUCUUUGCCGGCACCUGUGGAGUGAUCCUGGUCAUCGGGCUUUGCGCCAACCUGUUGGUCUUCACUCUGUUUGCCAAGUACAAUACCUUACGUAAGAACCGCCUGGAUGUGCUGCUGCUCAGCAUGACGCUGGCUGACUUCCUCACCCUGCUGCUUAUACCCUUCACCCUGCACUCCACCGUCAUCAACUCCUGGCCUCUGGAUGACACAGCCUGCAAGCUCUACCAGUUCCUGCUGGCCUUCAGCCUCGCGGCCAGCACCUACUCUUUGUGCGCCGUGUCAAUGACCCGUGCCAUGAUCAUCAUCAACCCGUACCAGCCACCCACCAUGGACCUGGUUGUCUUUAUGUUUGUCCUGGUCUGGGCCCUCAGCUUCUUCAUCAGCCUGCCUCUGCGGAUGUUUGCAAAGAAAGAGACUCUGACCCCAAAUCAGCCAAAUUUCACAUUCUGCCUUCCAACCAUCCAUGAGCACCACUACCAAGUGGUGCUCAGUCAGUUUGUACUUUACUAUUUUGUUCCAAUGCUGGUGAUCGCCUUCAACUAUGUCCGUUUGGCUCUUUUUCUGCACAAGAGUCCUGUCAUGUCAGUAUCCAGUGCCAGGAACACCCGCCGCGCUUCUGUCUUGGUGUUCCUGGCUGCUGCCACCUUCUCAGUGUGCUGGCUGCCAGGUUACGUGCUAGAGCUGUGUCUGUUCCUGCGUCUGUAUCACCACGGACAGGCGUGGGAGAUGUUCUAUUUUAUUUGUACUGUGCUCCAGUACCUGCACCCCUGCAUCAAUCCAGUGCUUUAUGUGCUGCUUUCCAAACGGUACCGCCACAGCAGGGCAGCGUGGCUCUUCAACUGCAACAAGAACAGAGUGCAGCCGCAGGUCACCAUUGUCAGCACAUCAGCUUCAUUUAGCCUCAGACAAUGA